AUGCUGCAGGAGUUACUCUUUGACUCAACAGUAGCUGCUCUGCUUCCCUCCCUUGUCUCUUCCCUCCUCUCCUCCGCUUUUUCCUGCCAACUGCCUUCCCACCACAACCCACCACUUCCCUCGCAACCACCCACCCCCACAUAUUCUCUCGCGCCUCCCGCUUUUCCCAACCCUACCAUUGUUCUCAAGCCUCUUGCUAUUCACGUGUUCUCUGCGGUGCUGCGUGGCCGAGUGCGGCAGCGGUACAGCCUGCCUGAGGGCCCGUUGGGGGGAGCGGGGGACUGCUGCACGCACUGCUGCUGCAAUGCAUGCGCACUCAUGCAGGAGGUGCAGGAGAUGCAGGUGCAUGGGGACAUACCUGCUGUGAAGGUCACACCAGCACCACACAGCGGCACGGAUAGAGAGGGAGGGAACGGUGCAACUGCGAGAAAGCAUGGAAAGUGCCUCCACCUGCAGUGCCUCCACCUGUCAGCUGCCAUGCUCUACCCACCUCAAGCUCCCUCUCAUCGCUAUCUGAUCCCAGAACCCUGUACCAUCCCCUCUGUCUCUUAUAUAACCGCCUUUACUUCCCCGUGUUCUAAGCCCCAAGACCUCCAUCAGCCUGUCUCCAUCCUUACACUCUCCCGUUUUACCUCUCUCCCUUUCCUCUUCCCACUCUCCUCCUCUUCCCUCCCGCUCACACUAUCUCGCUCGCCCUCUUCCGGCUUUCCUCCCGCCCGUGCUCUGUUGGUCUUAGGCUCUGAGUACCUAGCACACAGCGUGCCCCUCUCUUAA